AUGGCACUUUGCCACAUUCCUGUGGACUCUGGAACCUACGGCGUUGGGAUCCGGAUCGCGUUCUACCUGCAGUGGUCCGGCAUGAUCGUCACCUCGUGGGCGCUCGAGUCCGACGCGCUCAACCUCAAACUCAUCAACGCCCUCACUAUCGCAGCGACCUCCGUUGGCCUGAUUUUGAACUUGAACAGACUCCAGCCAGUCGAGAUAUAUAUUGUCCUGCUGCUCACAUGUGGCACACUGUACUUUACAGUGCCGAUCUACCUUUGGAGGCUGGUGACCUGCUGCCGGCCGUGGUGGGACCCAGAAAGGUGGACGAGGAUCAAGAUGGGAUGGCUGUUCCGAGUCUUGACAUACUCCAUGUAUGGGGUCCUGCACUUUCAAACUAUCUGCGAUCUCAUCGUGGCCACCACCAUCACCGUGGCGAUCGAGCUCGUAAUAUCCUGGAACAAGAUCAAGGGGGCGAACGAUCUCGACUCUGCCGCGCAGCUCAUCCCCCCUGUUAUCACCGAUCUCCUCGAUGCAUACCCGGACAUGUUUGACCUUUCGGAUCUGUCCGUGCCACCGCCGGCGUCACUUGACGGUUAUGUUGCUGAUCCCUAUGCUUCUGAUUAUUAUGAUAUGGCGUCAGGUUACUACGGCAUGCAUGGUGGCGACUAUGUUGGCAACGAAGUGCCACCCUUGGGUGAUGACCUGGGCCACAUCCAGCCUGAGCCUCCGGCGGCGGCAGCGCGAGCGGCAGGUGGGAGCCGAGGAGCUUCUGUUAUUAGUGAGGAGGGUUUUAUACGGCUGUGA